AUGUUGCAUCUUAUGAGUGUUGGUGUCACACCCCGUGGCCAGUCCUGGUAUUCUCAACGCGUUCGCCAAGGAAUGAAUAUUCUGAAUCUUGAGCGCUUUGUAGAGGAGGAGCAUAAUGUGGUUGAGCUGGUCUCAUUUAUGGACUACUUCAUCCGUGCCGCCUUCUUCCAACUUACGUCAUCUGAAAGACUUGCAGCAUUUCUCAAAAAAGGAAGUGAUUCAGAUGCACAGGACUGGUCAUGGAGCUUUUAUGUGCUUCUUUCUGCCAUCAGCCUGCUUCCGCAGCAAUCUCACCAGAGGUUGUCUAUAUUAGUAGCUCAAUGGUUUGCACGGUGUGAUGGUGACACUUGGAAAGCGAUAUAUUCUUGGAUUGAAGAAAACAACAUCAAUCAUGAAAUUUCUAGCUAA